AUGUCUUUCCCGCUAAACCCCUUCACUUCAUCAACAAUACCAUCCAUGAAGAAAUCACCGUCAUCAUCAUCGUUGGAGAAAAGAGACAACUCGGUGCAGGUCGAAGAAGUCGAUCGAAUCAGCAACCUUUCUGAUGAUGUGUUGCUCAAAAUACUAGAGAACAUGUCCACGGAAGAGGCGGUUCAGACAAGUUUGUUGUCUAAACGUUGGGAAGGUGUCUGGAAGCAAAUGCCUUAUCUCUUUUUCGAUAUGAGAAAUAGUAUCAAGCUGUAUGUUCCUAUAGCCGAACAAUCCAAUUCCAUUUCCCAGUUGAUAACCAAGGUUAUAAACAAUCACAAUGGCAAUUUGGAGUUCUGCAAAAUCCAACAUUUGACACACCAAACUCAAGAUGGUACACUGGAAACUUGGAUCCAAUCAUUGAUCCACGUGAAACACACUAAGUGUCUCGCACUUGAGAGAAUUCGUUUUAUUCAUUGUCCGCGUGGUCGUUUGCUCCACUUACCCCCAAACAUAUUUUCACAUCCAGCGCUCACAUCACUCCUCCUGUCUCGAUACACAUUUGAGUCUGCACAUGCCUUUAACAAUUGCAAUAAUCUCAUAACUCUGCAACUUCAUAAAAUCAAAGUUGCAGUUGAUGUGCUCAACACAGUCAUUGAAUCAUGUCCCUCCCUCGAGAUGCUGGUACUAGAAAUCUUCUGGAACAGCAAAACUGAUUGUUUGAAGAUUCAUAACAACAACUUAAAGUUUCUGCAUCUGGCUUGCCCUGGAAUUGAUAACAUUGAAGUGUCUGCAGCUCUUCUGGACAUACUCUCCGUUCACAAUAUUAAAUUUGGGAAGGGGAUUAAUAUCGUUCUUGACGCUCCAAGAUUACUUCAGUUUAGUCAAAGAUUAUGGAGAAUAACUCAAAGUUUGCCUCACAUAGUCUACAAUAUCUCAUGCGACGCUCAGGGAAAUGAAAACAUUGGGCAUGAAUUUCUGAUGAACAUAGAAAAUUACUUUUUGGCUGAGUUUGCAACUUUGGCGGUGAAUGUGGAUAUGGUGAAUCCAAUAGAAGUUUGCAUACUGAAGGAAGUUUUAGAUGCAUGGGCUAGAGACUUGGAAAUGCUCGAUAUCUUCUUUAAGCAUAACGAUGUUUAUAAAGAAGAAGGUGAAAUUUCUAUUGAUGGAAUACAAAAUAUGUGGGGGUAUUAUUCCUUUCUCGAUGUUGAUAUCAAUGUGAGAACUGUGUGUUUGUAUAACUUCAAUGGUUUGGAUGAGGAUCAAUUUGCUUUAGCUGCAAGUUUUGUGAUACAUGGGACGGUGAUGGAGUAUUUGAUGAUCGAGACGUCUACACUUCCUGCAUACAAAAAGUUGGCAAUAGAUGCUGCUGUGGAAAAACUGAUGAAACUUCCAAAAGGUAAUGAGGACCUUAUUAUUCAAUAUAUUUGA